AUGGCACCUCAUUUAAGCCGUGCUCUGAAAUCGAAAUAUUACCAUCAGUACAAUCUGGGACCGGAGAUCUACAGUAGGAAGGUGUUUGUGGGAGGAUUACCUAUCGAUAUAGAAGAAGAAGAACUGGUGGAAACUUUUGCUCGUUUUGGAUCGCUGGUCGUUGAUUGGCCAAAUAAAAACGAAUCUAAAAGUUACUAUCCACCAAAAGGUUACGUUUUUCUCAUCUUUGAUCAUGAGACAUCAGUAAGGACCCUGGUCCAGCAUUGUACAGUGGAGGAUGAGAAGCUGUUCCUUUUUAUCAGUUCACCAUUGAGCUCUGAGAAGCUCAAGGUACAAAUUCGUCCAUGGCGUCUUGCGGAUGCUGAUUAUCUGGUGGAUGUCAACGUACCGAUAAACCUACGUCGUGUAGUUUUCGUUGGCGGAGUUCCGAGACCGAUCAGAGCUGUCGAAUUGGCCCAUAUCAUGGAUCGGCUGUACGGUAGUGUCGCAUGUGCUGGUAUCGACACUGAUGUUGAGUAUAAAUACCCGAAAGGUGCGGGUCGUGUAGCCUUUACCAACUACAACUCUUACAUGAGGGCAAUAACAGAACGUUACGCUCAACUAAGUCAUGGAGAAGUGGAAAAACGGGUCGAAAUGAAGCCGUACGUACUGGAUGAUCAGAUUUGUGAAGAAUGUGUUCGUGAACCGAAUGGUGGACGUCAUGCCCCAUUCUUUUGCCCUCAUCUGGAAUGCUUGCAGUACUAUUGUGAAUCGUGCUGGACGUCGAUGCAUGGCAGUCCUUCGCGAGAGCAUCACAAACCGCUUGUGAAGGAGGCCUAA